AUGGUCAAGCUGCCUUCGUCGGAAAACACGAACGGCAACAGUAUCAAGUCGGUGCACAAGAUGCACAAGUCGCUGGCGGUGCUCAAGAGCGUGCUGCAGGGCCCUGGACAUCGAAAACCAUUUCGUCGUUGGCUGGCCGUAUCCCGCUGGACGUGUUCGCGAAGAACGAAGGCUGCGUCCGAGGAGCCGACGGCCACCCACGAGUUCAACGUCGCGGAGGUUGCUGAGACCUUGGACGAGAAAAAGAAGACGCUCGACAUGGACCAGAAGCGCUCGGACUUUGAGACGUCCGUGCUGAGGCUGCGCGACAUUGCCAGGAAGUACAAGCACGGCUUGAGAUCUGGCGAGGAGGCGGUUCUGACGGAUCUGAUCAACGAGUACUUCACGGUGGAAACCGUGUACGUGAACUCACACAACAUUGAGGACGUGGUGAUGGCCUUGCGCCAGCAGAUCCCGUCUGAUCUGGAUAAGGUCUUUUCCAUUGCUCUCUCGAACAAGGCGUUGGAGUCGAAGAACAAGCUGCUGCUGCAGCUUCUUGCUCAGAUGGCGCGUGGUACUCCUCGUAAGUCCUACUCGCUGGUGGCUCUGCCGUCGUACCGCGCCAGGUGGAGAUGGUCCUCAAGGACUAUCUCACUAACGAACAUUACUGAGGCCUGCACGAACCUCCUGGGCCAGUCACAGCCGCUGUUCGAUCUGCUUAUUUCGCUCCUCGACCAUGAAGACCAGAAGAUCCGGGAGUUGGCUCUGGAGUUAUACGCGCAACGUGGUGCUGUGCGACGCAACAGCUCCGCCAGCUCGCUGACCCUGGGUGAGCACAACUCGGAGGAGAGCAACGAUGACCAAGAGACCGUGGACAAGCCUCUGCCCAAGCCAGUCGAGAGCUACCAGAAGAUCUCUCCGGACUUUGAGUUCGUUGUCGGAGCGCAACGACCCUCUUGUCAAUGUGCUUCACGUGAUUCUGGUGAACGAGCACUCGGAGAAGGCGAACCUGCUGGAACCGGCCGAGAUGUACCUCGAGUCAGUGGACCAGAGCCUCCGCCCGCACAACACCCGCCGCGUGACCUUUUCGGUGCGCCCGUAGAACACCGAGAAUAUCUCGACCACAACGCUGACAUGGCGUUGUACCCGAACAUCUACACUUUCCCUGGCCGUCUGAACUACAGUGAGGAUAAGAUCGUGCGCCGCAUGGAGGCCCCGAUCGCCUACAAGCUGGAGCUGCGUCGUCUGCAGACCUACAACGUCAAGGAAUGGAUUGCGUCUCGGGUGGCAAAUCUGCGCCAAGAGGAUGGUGUCCUCAAGGUGCCCAACACUCUGCAGAUCAUGCACCACCUAGACGGCAAGCUCCCUAGAAAUGCUGGUACUAGAAACAAACUCGGCAAGAAUAUCUGGAUUAACGUCGUCCAUGUAGAGGUCCGGAUCAAUGCCAACCAGAAGAUGCCCAUGUCGAUGGUGUCUCCCGACAAGCUCGUUCGUUGUGCUGACACCAUUGCGCCACUGACGCUGAAAUCCCUCUCAAUUUGA